AAAGGAAUUGAUAAUCAUCAUGUAGCCAAUGCUAAGCUUGACCAUACCGCAUAUGUGCUGAACUCCUGCUUGGCUUUGUUCUGCAUCAAAGAAAAUUUUAUUUGUUCAGAUUUGGUUUAGAAAUGUUUAGCAAUGUUGUGCUAGCUAGCAAUUCAGAAAUGUUCAGAAAUAUUUGUUUAGAUUAGUUCUGAAAUGUUCAAAUAUGUUCGGAAAUAUUUGUACAGAUUAUUUCUGAAAUGUUCAGAAAUAUUUGGUCAGACUAGUUCAGAUUAUUUCUUGAAUUCGUAUAAGUUCGGAAUGUUGCUAUGUAUGUUUUUCAGAUGCACAUGUACAGAACUUUACAAAUGUAGUGGCCUAGACUAGAGCACUGUAUUGAUCAUCUUCUUUUAGAGGAUUUAUGAUAAAUAUUGUAAGGGCUAAAGGGCAUGACAAUUGGUAGUGCCCCUGUGGGGUUACUUUCAGUUUCAGUAAGAUUGACCUGUAUAUCUGUACAUGUGCUAGUUAUACAGUAAAUCAUCUGCUGUAGCUAGCAAUUCCACUAUAAAACAUGUCAAACUUGGCAUAUUCUUACCUUGAUGCAAUACAUGUGAGUUACUGAUCAAGUAGUAUUCAAUUUUGUAGGCAGAUGCUCACAAGAAUACUCAUGAGUUAUGACUUUUGUGAAACAUGGUUUUCAAUUACAAGAAACAAAUGCUUUAGUGAUCAAGAGAAGGAGAGGGCAGGAGAUGCUUGAAGAGUUGCUUGAGCAGCAACAGGUAUUGGGAAAUGUUCUUGAGUUUUGCUUUUGCAUGCAAGUUGGAGAUGAUAUUUCUUGGACAGAAAUAUGAGCCGGUUGAAGAUGGAUUUCUAAGCAGAAUGUGGGUUGAAUGCAGUUUACUGAUGUCAGAUUGUUUUGGAGCUGUAUCUAUGAUUUUACUGGGUUAGAUUUCCAAACAGUACUCUUUUGUAAUGUUCUCUUGCUUGAUGUAAUGCUUUUCUGCCACUAUAUGAGCUCUGACCUAGUGAAAACUAGACACAACCUAAAAUUUCUUGCGAGGUGACCCAAGUCGUUUUGUUACCUUUGUUCUGGCUGUUAGUUUGUAAUAUCUAUUAGAUUUGCAUACUGGAUUAUUGGUGAUACUACGUAAUUCACUGUACAUGAAUAUCGUGGUUGCUGUUUUAGAUUGUUGUUGAGACAGAUAAUUUAGUUAUUAUCAGGUUCAGUUCCUUAGCUCCCACUAUCCUGUCCUGAUAGCAGUUCGAUCAUCAGUUUUGGUCUGCGAUUUCAUCGUAGGCUAGUAUGCACAUGUUGGAGUAGUACUAUUGGAAAGGAGUAUCUACUGUUUGACCUGAGCAUUUGAACAACGCUAGCCCCAAAACUGAAGUCAACGUGCUGAAUCUUGGGAAGACAAAUGAUGCCUUUUGCCAUGGAAAAACAUUUCAAAAGUCCCCAAUACCGAAGCAGAAAUGGUGAUGCUACUACUGCUAUUUGUCUCUCUUGCCUAUUUUUAGAGCACUCAUGUCUUUCUGCCUCACCGCUGCCUCUGCCUCCUUCCAAAUGCUUCGCCCCCCGAGCUCUCCUCGGCGUGCGCGGCGCAGCGCCAUCCACCCCGACAACUCCUCCCAGCCUCCAACCAAUCCAAACACAUUUUCUUGCCCGCCCCUGCUCCCUCCACCGCGCCACCCAUCCAUCGCCAGCCAUGCACACCCUCGCUCUGACCACCCUGUCACGUUGAGCUACGCUCGGAGGAGGACGCCACGACGGCGACCGGGAAGAAGAUGAACCCGCUCCCUCCCCCGGCCAGCCGGCUGUGGGAGGCGAGCAUCCGCAAGCUCAAGUACUCCACCAUCCUCCGCGGCUCCGUCGUCCCCUCCGGCGGCACCUUCGAUGGUGCGGCGGCGGCGGCGGCCACCGGAGGUGACCCCGUCACGCUCACGCCAAGCCUCUCCGUCAUCUCCUCCACCUCCAACACCAUCUACCAGUACGAAGACGGCGACGACGACAUCGACUCCGUCCUCGACGACGUUGACACCGACGACGACGACGUCGACGAGGCGUCGCUCGGCGAGCCCAGCCACUCCGACCAGCUGCUGCCCAGCGGAGACUUCUACCAGGGCGACCUGCGCGGCGACCUCCCCCAUGGCGCCGGCAAGUAUCUCUGGACGGACGGCAGCAUGUACGAGGGGUCGUGGCGCGGCGGCCGCGCGGCUGGCCGCGGCAAGUUCUCGUGGUCGUCCGGCGCCAUCUACGAGGGCGACCUCGCCGGCGGGUACAUGCACGGCCAGGGGACCUACAUCGGCGAGCUCGGGGACACGUUCGCCGGGCUGUGGGCGAACAACCUCCGGCACGGCCGCGGCACGCAGGCGUACGUCAACGGCGACGUGUACGACGGCCACUGGCGCGACGGGCUGCAGGACGGGCACGGCCGGUACAUCUGGCGCGGCGGCCACGAGUACAUCGGGACGUGGAAGGCCGGCGAGAUGCACGGCCGCGGGACGGUGAUAUGGGCGGACGGCGACCGGUACGACGGCGCGUGGGAGGACGCCAAGCCCAAGGGGCAGGGCACGUUCCGGUGGUCCGACGGCGGGAUGUACAUCGGCCUGUGGUGCCAGGAGUCCGGCGAGACGCAGGGCAAGGGCGUGUACUACCCGCCGUCCGGUGGCCCGGCGGUGCCGUUGCCCCGGGAACCCAAGGAGGUGAUCACGAAGCUGCUCGAGGAGCUGGAGAUGUCCGAGGGGAAGACGGUGUCGCUGCUGCCGUCGCAGAAGGUGCUGACAUGGCCAGGGGUGGAGCCCGUGACGAAGAAGCCGGUGUGGCGGCCGCCGGAGGUCGCCGCCGACCAAGGGAUGUGGCGGCCGCCGGAGGUCGGAGCUGACCAAGGGAGGAACAGCAUGUCGUCCGAUAUUGACAGCCUGGUUGAGGGGGAGGACGGCGGCGAGGAGAGUCGCAACGACAGGUCAUGGGUGCGGACACCCUCGUGUAUGCGCGCGCCGACGCUGCCGAAGCCGGGGAAGAAGCAGGGGGAGACCAUCUCCAAGGGGCACAAGAACUACGAACUGAUGCUCAACUUGCAGCUGGGUAUCAGACAUGCUGUAGGAAGGCAGUCAGCUCCUGCUUCAUUGGAUCUUAAAUCAUCAGCAUUUGAUCCGAAAGAGAAGGUGUGGACAAGAUUUCCUCCUGAAGGAUCAAAGCAUACUCCUCCUCACCAGUCAUGUGAUUUCCGGUGGAAGGACUACUGUCCAUUGGUUUUCAGGACUUUGCGCAAGCUCUUUGAUGUUGACCCAGGAGACUACAUGCUCUCCAUUUGCGGGGAUGAUGCACUGCUGGAGCUUUCAUCUCCCGGUAAAAGUGGAAGUUUCUUUUAUUUCACCAAUGAUGACAAGUACAUGAUCAAAACAAUGAAGAAAGCAGAAGUUAAAGUACUUCUGAGGAUGCUUCCAGCCUAUUAUAAACACGUUCGUUCUUUUGAUAAUACUCUAGUAACAAAAUUUUUCGGCCUGCAUUGUGUUAAAAUUACAGGAGCUAUUCAGAAAAAGGUUCGGUUUGUUAUAAUGGGGAAUCUUUUCUGCUCCAACUAUUCAAUCCACAGACGCUUUGAUUUGAAAGGAUCAUCACAUGGUCGCACAACGGACAAACCCAUUGAUCAAAUCGAUGAGACUACCACUUUGAAGGACCUUGAUCUCAAUUUCAUUUUCCGGUUAGAGGGAUCAUGGUAUGAAGAUUUCUGCAGGCAAUUGGACAAGGAUUGUGAGUUUCUGGAGCAAGAGAGAAUUAUGGAUUACAGUCUUCUGGUUGGCGUUCACUUCAAAGACCGAUGCAAAGACAGCAGCAGUCCUGACAACGAGACAACUCAAACUGCUCUUGAAGAUGAGGAAAGAAGAAAAGCACCAGUCAAGCUAGGGAUCAGCAUGCCCUCAAGGGUGGAGAAUGUUGUGAAGAAUCCUGAAAGUGAAUCCCAGCUCAUUGGCGAACCUACAGGGGAAUUCCAGGACGUUAUCCUGUUCUUUGGAAUCAUUGACAUCCUACAAGACUAUGAUAUCAGCAAGAAGCUUGAGCAUGCCUACAAAUCCAUGCAAUAUGAUCCCAACUCCAUAUCGGCUGUUGAUCCAAAGCAAUACUGCAAAAGGUUCAGGGAUUUCAUUUACAGGGCUUUUAGUGAAGACCUACAGUAAAUACUUCAUUAACAAAAGGGAACACUCUUAAUUCUUAACUGAAGAAAGCAUAACGACCAGCUGAUGGAUGUUUUUUUGGCCAUUUCCAGGACUAUUUUGUAGGUAAGAUCAUUCAUUCAUUAUGUUGUAGAUGGCAAUACGUAAUUAGUCUGACGGUUUCUGCCCCUGAUGGGUGUAUAGAUUUUGUACAUUUCCCAAAUCUUUUCAUGUGUAAUUACUAAUUAGAAGUAGUGUAAUUGUACUCAUGUCAAUUGACUUGAAAAGGAUGUAGGACAGAAAUUGUUGACCAUGUAACAGUUCUUUCAUUUUUGUUUUACUUA